AUGUCCAGUGGCUGGACUGAGUGCACAGUCGUAAACCCGGAGUGGUUUGACUUAGGGCGACGACGACGACGUUGGAUGGCGCGUGCAGUGGUGAUGAAUGUGGCUGCACGUGCGCGCCCCUUAAAUCAAGUGGCCCGGGCCCGACACGGUGCCGCCGCCGCCGCCGGCGCGACCGCCAGUCUGGAGAUCAAAGUGCGACGUAGUGCCGACACAUCGCAGUCUUCUUUGCCAGGCAGCGCGAGCGCUACCGGCGACAAUUCCUUUGAUGAAGGCGACCCCAGCAACGGCCGCAUCGCGUUAGUCAUCACACACACACACACACACACGAAAUGCAAAAUCUCCGAUAUGAUCAAAGGCCUCCUUCCCGUCUUCAGUGGGUGUGGUUUCGUCGACAGACCUCCCAUUCAUGCGCGUUCAGCCCUUUGGGUCUUUCUACCCGGUUAA